AGCUGCAAUUCCACCUGCCGCCGCUGGGGGCCGAUAGCUGGAACGCGGAAGGAAGAGAGUCCGGGCUGCCCGGAACAGCUGGGGUCCCAGAACCUUGGGGGAGGGAGCGGGGAGGGAGACUACCACUACGUCUUCUCUCUCUUUGGCCUCCCUCUGCUUGGCCCUAGAAGCAACCUUAAUCACGGGAAGUAUGCAGCCGACUGGGGAGAGAAGAGCCUCAGCUCGCCAAACUUCCCAACCAAACGACCAGAAAGGGGAGAGUGGAGGUUCUGAAAGCUGGGAGGGGCUGUUGAGAGGAUGGAGAAGAGGAAACCCCUGAAAAAAGGGACCCCAGACCUCCAAAGCCCGCGCCCCAGCUGUGCACACCUGAUCCGGCCCUGGAAGGAAUAUCCACUUUAAGACCUUGGGGAAGACCGUCCCCGGCCACAGACUGGCCACUGGAGGGCGCACGUGAGGCACAUCCGGGGAGCACCUGCAGGGCUCCAGAAAGCUGAACCAGAGCACGUGGGAGCCACAGUCCACAGAAGCCACAUCAGCACUUGUCCUAACCUCACCAGCUGGACUGCCUGCCAUUAGAGAAACGAAAGUCUUCGUUAAAGAACUUUCUGGCAAGGGGCUAGCAUUGCUUGGUAUGUGUGCGGUGGUUUCCUGAAAUGAUGUGUGUGUGAAACACAUAGAACUGAACACCACUCCAAACUGUACCAUAUGUAAAGUUUGAGAAGUAGCAAAAACAAGAAGAAAAACGUUUCAGACUGGGAACGAUAAGCGGUUGCGGUUUAUUCUACCAAAUUACACCUCAGUAAAACUUGAGAAAGACGAGGGAGGAGGGAAAAGUUUGCGGGGAGACCAGAUUUCCUGCCCCCACCCCUUCACAAGUUAUUUGUCUCAGAUGGAAAUCCCAGGUUUCGCUGAGACCCCUAAUGGCAGGAGAAGGCUCAGCCUUCACAAGUGAACACAGAGGUCUAGGUCCUGUCUACGCACCCCGCCCCCACCCCAGAAUAUGCGCGACUUGGGCAUGAAGAGAACAUUUUGCCCCUCCUUUAACUGCAUAGAGGAAUCUCAAUGGCAGAGUCUUUGCAGAAUAAUAGUUACUUCCAGGGAUAAAUUUUAUAUGAGUAACCUAAUUACAUGGCAGGGCAAACAUUUGUUUACCAAACAUUUACUUGUUUUCUUCUUCCUGUGAAUUGUUUUCCUCUUUGGAGUCCCAAGCCUCUUCCCUUUUCUCUAAACUCUAGAUGACAUAUGUACCCCAUUAUGCCUGACUACCAUGUUUGCGUGGAUUUCCCACACUUAUGCUAUUAAAUUUGAUUUUCUCCUGUUGAUCUGUCUCAUGAUGAUUUGAUUCUAGAUCCAGCUAGAAGGACUUUGAAUGGGACAGGAACUCAGACUACCUAAGAAUGCAAUGGGACAUUUUUGCUCGCUGACACUUGGUGUAGUCAGCAGAAUACUUUAACUAGCAGGACACCGCUCACCCCCGACACUGCUGCAGCUGGGACAUUCUUGGGACAUCUGGCAGAGAGAAAGCAGAAGGUUGUACCAGUUUUCAAGCUGUUUGUCAUGAGAGGUUCCAGCCCAUGAGAACCUUUGUGGUCUCGACCCUCAGUGCUUGUUGGUGCUGGAAAGUCUCAUUCCAGAAGCACCUAGGGGUUGUCACAGGUGAGAGUCUCAUCACAGGAAGUGGACUCUCCAUGCCCUUCCCCUGCCCCACACGGCCCCCAUCCACCUCCCCUCGGGGAAGCAUUCACUUCUUGACUGAAAUUUACAGAGAUUGCUCUGGACUGGAUCUGGAUCUGGACUGGACUGGAUCUCUAGGUUCAAAGCAUCCAGGUUGCUCCUAUCAAUGCUGAAAGCCAGAAAGUGAAUUUCACAAGAGCAUCGGGGACUGGCAGCAAGAUGUAAGGAAACUGUGUCUCCUAAGCUGACUUAGAGCAAUUGGAUAAGAUGUACCUUUGUGAACAAAUGGAAACAUUCCCCUUUGCUCUUCAACUGAACCCUCCAAAUUUCUAGAACUGUCAGCCUGCUGUUGUGAAUCCAGCGGCAUCACUGUCUUCUGAAAUGAGUCUGCCUAAAGCGACCUGUUGUCGGGACUAAUACACUGGUUUGAAGAGAAGAAACAUCCUACCGGUGCAACUUUUAAUGUGUGAAACUUCAGAGAGUUGAUUCUUAGUCCAGCCAGAAGGACCUUGAAGGCGACAGGAACCCUUACUCCCCUUCGCUCCCUGCACCUGGCCCACUAUACCUUCUCUUACUCCUGCUGGUAAGCCUUUGGCUGCUACAUCUCCAAGAACCCCUUCCCAGCAAGGCCUUUUGAGGGUGGCAGGUGCCAGGAAGGAGACCCCCAUGGGCUUUGUCUUAGGAAGGUUAGUCUGUGGGGUCAGGUGGAGAGGGAUGUGCUGGACCCUAAACUGACUUUAGGAAUAAAGAUGACAAGAAAUUACAUUUUGAGCACCUUGGAGUAGCUAACAUAGUAGACAGCUCUACAAAGACACCAGGAGCCAGUGGAAGUCCAGACAUGGGCUGGGGCUGGGGAUGGCAGGAAGUAGGUGUGCACAGACUGGGGGUGGGCUAGAGACUGGGGCAGGGGCUCUCCUGAGAAGGUCACCUGGGACAGACUCCAGGGGCUGCUGAGCGAGGGACCAGAGCAAGAAGAGAGUACACCUCAUCACGCCAACAAUACUAUCCAAAGACGGGCACUGCCUUCCUCCUAAUAAGGAAAUUAGGAAGUAACUGAAGAAAAAAAAAAAUUAAGGGAAAUAGAUGACAGAAACUAAAAAGGAUUAAUUUAGAGAGAAUGAAGGCAAGUGGCCUCUGAGCUCAGUUCCAGUUCCCGGAGGCCAGUGGACAUCAGCUGAGUGCCAGGGAGACAACCCAGGCAGGCAGGACAUGUGGCCGCUCCCAGUUCUGUUCCUUCUCAUCAUCCAAGGCCACUUCUCCAAAUGCCAGGACGGGGUGGUGAGAGGCACAGCAAAAGGCACACUGACCACACUCUGUAUGUAUGGCCGAGGAUGGGAAUCUUACAACAAGUGGUGGUGCCGUGGAGAAAACUGGAUGUCCUGCGAGAUCCUUGUAAAAACCACCGGGUCAGAGCAACUGGUGAAGAAGGGCAGAGCCUCCAUCCAGGACAAUGCCAGCCGACGCACAUUCACCAUGACUUUGGAGGAUCUCCGGUACGACGAUGCAGGCACCUACUGGUGUGGGAUUGAGAGAAUCGGCUCAGACCUGGGGUCGAAAUUUUCUGUGAUUAUUGACCCAGAACCGGAUCCAACAGACUCUCCCAAGCCUGUGCUAAGCACCACAUCAGCCAGCUGGGACUCCUCACCUCCGUUUACCCAGGUCACCAACAACAGCCAGCCUGUGACUCCAACCAACCCCAUCAGCAGGUCGGGGAAGAUGGCCUUCUCUGUAGCAGCCAAGAAGCCUCCUGUGUGGACCCUCCUGCUGCCUCUUUUCCUUGUGACCCUGGAGGGGCUCUGCCAAACAUGAUGGACCAUUGCAGCAUGCAGGACUCUGGCCAAUGAUGGGUUUUAAAUUUCCCAACCAACCAGUAACUAUAAAAACCAGAAUUAAACCAAAAAGCUUGAGGGGGUUGCACAUGGCCAGAGACCCCUGAAGGCCAGGUGUACAGAGUCCUGCCAAUCCUACCUGCUGCCCCUUCGGUGCCUCUUGGAGUUAGAGUCACGCGAACAUCAGACGGAAGACAAGGUUGGACCAUCUCCGACCCACAUCCCAUCUGUUCACUCCAUACCUUUGCUAUUAAAUCUAUGGCUUUUCCUGG